UAUUCCAAGCACAAUGGCAGUCCCACGACAUCGGGUACUGGACCUGAUGAGGGUCCAGUGCAAGGUCUUCAACACCACAUAUAAUCCCGAACGCCUGCGCCUAGGAUCGCGCAUCCUUCACCAGCGCCUCAAGGGUCCGUCAGUCGCCUCAUACUACCCGCCGCGGAUAGGGACAAUUCCCCAGUUGCGAAGCCUGUACCCCGAACACCAGAUCAUAGACGAAGCAGAGGAAGACUGGUUAGAGCAUCUGAAUGUUGCAAAGUCAAGAGGCAAGGGUGCGCCCAAGAAGAAGAGGACUGCUGCUGAAUCCAAGAAAUUCAACAAGAGGAAGUAGACGGAUUGACGGCCUGCCCCUACGGUCUAAAUGUACAAUACAGAGGCGUAUGCAAUCAUCACACUUUGCGUCUGGGUAUCUCCCCGGCCACCCUACAA